AUGUCGUUUCUUAACCCUUUUGGGCAAAAGAUCAAAGGCACAGUGGUGCUAAUGCAGAAGGAAGUGUUGGACAUCAAUAGCAUAACUAGUGCUGCGGGGAUUGUUGGUGGAGUUGGAAGCGCAGUUGGCUCAAUAUUCGAUACCAUUACUUCCGCCGCCGGCCGAUCUGUCUCCCUCCAGUUGAUUAGUGCUACUAAAGCUGAUUCAAGCGGGAAAGGAAAACUGGGAAAUCCGGCUUUUAUAAAAGAUCCUAUUAUCAAUUUGCCAACCUUGGGAGCAAAGCAAAAUGCAUUCAGUAUUCAAUUUGAUUAUGAUAGUAACUUUGGAAUCCCUGGAGCAUUUUAUAUUAAGAACUAUUUGUCAGCUGAGUUCCUGCUUAUCAGUUUGACUCUUGAAGAUAUUCCAAACCAAGGAACCAUCCACUUUGUUUGCAACUCAUGGAUUUACAAUGCAAAAAACUAUCAAAGUGAUCGCAUUUUCUUCGCCAACAAUACUUAUCUACCAAGCGCAACACCAGCUGCAUUAGUCUCCUUCAGACAAUUAGAGUUGAAGAAUUUAAGAGGAGAUGGAACAGGGGAGCGACAGUACUGGGAAAGAAUAUAUGAUUAUGAUACUUACAAUGAUUUGGGUGACCCAGAUAAGGGUCAACAGUAUGCUCGUCCAGUUUUGGGAGGAUCUAGCACCUAUCCUUAUCCUCGUAGGGGAAGAACAGGCAGAAAACCAACACGUACAGAUCCUAAGAGUGAGAGCAGGAGCGACAGUGUCUAUAUUCCAAGAGAUGAAGCUUUUGGUCACGUGAAAUCCUCAGACUUUCUUGCUUAUGGUCUGAAAUCUGUAUCUCAAGAUGUAAUCCCUGCGUUACAAUCUGUAUUUGAUAUAAAUUUCACGCCAAAUGAGUUUGAUAGCUUUGAUGAUGUGAAUAGUCUCUACGAAGGAGGAAUUAAGCUGCCUACAGAUAUAAUUAGUAAGCUUACUCAAUCUUUACCAGUGGUAAGUGAAAUCUUCCGAACUGAUGGUGAACAGUUCCUUAAGUUUCCUCCUCCUAAAGUUAUUCAAGUGAGUAAGUCUGCAUGGAUGACUGAUGAAGAAUUUGCAAGAGAGAUUAUUGUUGGUGUAAAUCCUGGCUUAAUUCGUUGUCUUCAAGAUUUUCCUCCAAAAAGUAAGCUAGAUAGCGCAGUCUAUGGUGAUCAUACUAGCACAAUAACCAAAGAACUUAUAGAACCUACCUUAGAAGGGCUCACUGCAGAUGAGGCUAUCCAGAGCAAGAAAUUGUUUCUAUUGGAUCACCAUGAUGCAAUAUUUCCAUAUCUAAAGAUAAUAAACUCAACUUCCACAAAGGCUUAUGCUUCUAGAACCAUCCUUUUCUUGAAAACUGAUGGAACUUUAAAGCCAUUGGCCAUUGAGUUAAGUUUGCCAAAUCCUCAGGGAGAUCAACAUGGUCCUGUUAGUAAUGUCUACUUGCCUGCAGCUGAAGGUGUUGAAAGUUCUAUAUGGCUAUUGGCCAAGGCUUAUGUUAUUGUAAAUGACUCAUGCUUUCAUCAACUAGUCAGCCACUGGUUAAAUACGCAUGCAGUUGUUGAGCCAUUCGUCAUAGCAACAAACAGACAGCUUAGUGUGCUUCAUCCUAUUUAUAAACUGUUACAUCCUCACUAUCGUGAUACCAUGAAUAUAAAUGCACUUGCUAGGCUAGCAUUAGUCAAUGAAGAUGGUGUUAUUGAAAAAACAUUCUUAUGGGGAAGUCAUGCUAUGGAAAUGUCUUCAGUAAUUUACAAGGAUUGGGUUUUUCCAGAGCAAGCACUACCUGCUGAUCUUAUCAAGAGGGGAAUAGCAGUGGAGGACUCAGCUUCCCCACAUGGUCUUCGCCUUGUGAUAGAGGACUACCCUUAUGCUGUUGAUGGACUAGACAUUUGGGGUGCUAUUAAUACAUGGGUUCAAGACUAUGUCUCCUUAUACUACACAUCAGAUAGCACAAUUCAGCAAGAUUCUGAACUCCAAUCUUGGUGGAAAGAAGCUGUAGAGGUUGGUCAUGGUGACAAGAAAAAUGAGACAUGGUGGCCUAAAAUGCAAUCUCGUGAAGACCUGAUUCAAGCUUGCAGCAUUAUCAUAUGGAUUGCUUCAGCACUUCAUGCAGCUGUUAAUUUUGGACAAUACCCUUAUGGAGGUUUCAUCUUAAACCGUCCAACUCUUAGCAGAAGAUUCAUGCCUGAGAAAGGAACCACUGAGUAUGAUGAGCUAGUAAAAAACCCUCAGAAGGCUUACUUGAGAACAAUUACACCUAAGUUUCAAACUCUCAUUGAUCUUUCGGUCAUAGAAAUCUUGUCAAGGCAUGCUUCUGAUGAGUAUUACCUUGGGCAGAGAGAUAGUGCUGAAUUUUGGACUUCUGAUACAAAUGCCUUAGCUGCCUUCAAGAAGUUUGGAAAAACACUAGCAGAUAUUGAGCAACAACUCAUACAAAGGAACAAUGAUGAAACUUUGAGAAACCGAGUUGGUCCAGUUAGCAUGCCUUACACUUUGCUUUAUCCUUCAAGUGAGGAGGGACUAACUUUCAGAGGAAUCCCCAACAGUAUCUCCAUUUAAAAAAGUGUUGUUGGUUUGUGAAUAGUUGUGGUUGUGACCUUAGAAUAAAUUAUGCACGACAAGGAAUAUUAAUUCCUUUUCCACUUAUGUAUAAUUAUCUUUUGAGUUUAUAGGCGUUCGUGUUAUUGUU